CGUCUCUUUCUCUCUCUUUCUCUCUCACACAAAAUCUCAGAGAAGAAAAAUCGUUGUCAGGUCGGAGAAAUGAGUGGUCACGAUUCGAAAUACUUCUCGACAACGAAGAAGGGAGAGAUCCCUGAGCUCAAGGAAGAGCUUAAUUCCCAGUAUAAGGAUAAGAGAAAAGAUGCAGUUAAGAAGGUUAUUGCGGCGAUGACUGUUGGAAAGGAUGUUUCAUCACUUUUCACUGAUGUAGUCAAUUGUAUGCAAACGGAAAAUUUGGAGUUGAAGAAGCUUGUUUACUUGUAUCUCAUAAAUUAUGCGAAAAGUCAGCCAGAUCUUGCUAUUCUUGCAGUAAAUACUUUUGUAAAGGAUUCACAGGAUCCAAAUCCACUGAUUCGAGCUUUGGCUGUCCGGACAAUGGGAUGCAUUCGUGUUGAUAAAAUCACAGAAUAUCUAUGUGAUCCUCUUCAAAAGUGCCUAAAGGAUGAUGAUCCAUAUGUCCGGAAGACAGCAGCUAUUUGUGUUGCUAAGCUUUUUGACAUAAAUGCUGAAUUGGUUGAGGAUAGGGGUUUCCUUGAAGCCUUGAAAGAUUUGAUAUCAGACAACAAUCCGAUGGUUGUUGCCAAUGCUGUAGCAGCCCUUGCAGAGAUUCAAGAGAAUAGUACUAGCCCCAUAUUUGAGAUCAAUAGUACAACCCUUACAAAGCUCCUUACCGCUCUAAAUGAAUGCACUGAGUGGGGUCAAGUUUUUAUAUUAGACGCUUUAUCGAGGUAUAAAGCAGCUGAUCCCCGUGAAGCUGAAAAUAUUGUGGAGAGAGUCACACCAAGGUUGCAACAUGCCAACUGUGCUGUUGUGCUUUCAGCUGUUAAGAUGAUCCUUCAACAAAUGGAACUUAUCACUAGUACAGACGUGAUUCGAAAUCUUUGCAAGAAGAUGGCUCCACCCCUUGUUACAUUGCUUUCUGCCGAACCUGAGAUACAAUAUGUUGCACUUCGUAACAUUAAUCUUAUUGUGCAAAAAAGACCCACUAUCCUUGCCCAUGAAAUUAAGGUUUUCUUCUGCAAGUAUAACGACCCAAUUUAUGUUAAGAUGGAGAAGUUGGAGAUUAUGAUUAAACUUGCCUCAGACAGAAACAUAGACCAGGUUCUUCUGGAAUUCAAAGAGUAUGCCACGGAAGUAGACGUUGAUUUUGUUAGAAAGGCUGUUCGCGCGAUAGGCCGAUGUGCUAUCAAACUAGAGAGAGCAGCUGAACGGUGCAUCAGUGUUUUGCUCGAGUUGAUCAAGAUCAAAGUAAAUUAUGUUGUCCAGGAGGCCAUCAUUGUCAUCAAAGAUAUCUUCAGAAGAUAUCCAAACACGUAUGAGUCCAUAAUUGCAACACUCUGUGAGAGUUUAGACACUUUGGAUGAACCAGAAGCUAAGGCAUCUAUGAUAUGGAUCAUUGGUGAAUAUGCUGAAAGAAUUGACAAUGCGGAUGAGCUUCUUGAAAGCUUCCUGGAGAGUUUUCCUGAGGAACCAGCACAGGUCCAGUUGCAGCUUCUAACUGCCACUGUUAAGCUAUUCCUGAAGAAGCCAACUGAAGGCCCUCAACAAAUGAUUCAGGUUGUCUUGAAUAACGCUACUGUGGAGACGGAUAAUCCUGAUCUCAGAGAUCGUGCAUACAUAUACUGGCGUCUUUUAUCUACUGAUCCGGAGGCCGCUAAGGAUGUUGUUUUAGCUGAAAAGCCCGUGAUUACUGACGACUCAAACCAGCUAGACCCAUCACUUCUUGAUGAGCUGCUUACAAAUAUUUCGACCUUGUCCUCUGUCUACCACAAACCCCCAGAAGCUUUUGUUACCCGCUUGAAAACCACAGUUCAGAAAACAGAAGACGAGGACUUUGCAGAAGGAAGCGAAGCAGGAUACUCGUCUAGUAAUCCGGUUGAUAGUGCAGCUUCCCCUCCAGCCACCACAGGUAAUAUCCCACAGCCUGGCGGAAGACAACCAGCAGCAGCGGUCCCAGCUCCUGUACCUGAUCUGCUAGGUGACCUCAUGGGAUUGGAUAAUACCGCUAUUGUUCCGGUUGAUGAACCCAUAACUCCAUCUGGUCCUCCUUUGCCCGUUGUCGUGCCAGCUUCAAGUGGUCAAGGUCUGCAGAUAAGUGCUCAAUUAUCCCGGAAAGAUGGACAAGUAUUCUACAAUAUGCUCUUUGAGAACAACUCACAGACGGUACUUGAUGGUUUCAUGAUUCAGUUCAACAAGAACACAUUCGGCCUUGCAGCUGCUGGACCUCUUCAGAUUCCGCCUUUGCAACCUGGAACGUCUGCCAGGACAAUGCUACCUAUGGUCUUGUUCCAGAACAUGUCUGCUGGGCCUCCAAGCUCGCUAUUACAAGUCGCUGUCAAAAACAAUCAGCAGCCUGUUUGGUACUUCACCGAUAAGAUUAUACUUCAUGCUCUUUUCGGUGAAGACGGUAGAAUGGAACGUGGAACCUUCCUUGAGACAUGGAGGUCGUUACCGGACUCGAAUGAAGUCCAGAAAGACUUCCCCGGGAUCACCAUCACAAGCGUUGAAUCGACUAUUGAUUUGCUCACAGCAUUCAACAUGUUCUUCAUAGCAAAACGCAAGAACGGGAACCAAGACGUGAUCUACUUAUCAGCAAAAGAUCCACGAGAUGUUCCGUUUUUGAUCGAGCUCACUGCAAUGGUGGGCCAACCAGGUCUCAAAUGCGCAGUGAAAACUCCCACUCCCGAGAUUGCACCUGUCUUCUUCGAAGCUUUGGAGCUUCUCUUCAAGGCUUGAUGAUUAACAUUGUUGUCAAAAGGCUAAAACCAGACCUGCAAGGUUUCAGAUUCUUUGUUGUUUCGUUAUAUCCCGCCUUUUUUUUCUUCGUCUGAGUUUAGUGUAUGUAAUAAAUCCCAUGUUUGUGU